AUGGAUCUCUUUCUGGGCAAGGUCACUCAACAUGCCAUGAACUAUGCCAUCAGGUCUGGGAUUGGUAUUACUGCUUCUUUUGCUAUCAGGCAAACAUCAAGACUUCUAAAGACAGUAGAUGACAAUGGUGAUUAUCGUGAGCUUCACGAACUUCAAGAUAGGUUGGAUAGCAAAAUCAGAAUCGUAUCUCCAGCUAUUGAUAUGAUAGAACUCAUUUCCGCAAGAGGCAAUACAACUUUAGAGUCAGCUGUAUCUCUGACAAAAGCACUUCGAUGGGAUAUUCAGUCUCUUGGUAUGAAAUUAGCAAAAGCCGCAAGUGCCGAGGAGCUCUCGCGUCGACAUAAAAACCGAGCAAAAACACGAGCUGCUCAUGAAGCCGAGAUUCGAGCUAUCGUUAGAGAUAUUAAGAAGCUCUUGAUGAGAAUCGAAGAUGCAGUACCACUUAUCAAUUUAGCCAUCACCACCUCCGGAACUAGUCUCUCAACAACACUUCCAGCUACUGUAUCACCGUCGAGAUUACUACAAGCGAGUAACCUUCUCACUGCCGGAGAUACUCAAUACUCCAUGAACCCGAACGUAUCUGUUCAAGUUGGCCCAACACUCACUCUUUCCUUGUAUAUGUUAUUCGCCGGGCAUGCUUAUCGGGCUCACGAUGAAGAAGGUAUGAGAGAGGCUACUUGGAAAGAAGUUAUACAUAAAGCCCGGGUCAAGAUUCUGCGUGUACCUCUUCGAGCCACAUACGGCUCACCUGGACAAUUACACCAUAUUAAGGAGGCCAAGGAUUACUUGACUGGAAAAGAUUCCUCUUUAAUCGCCGGGGAUGGCAAGAUUACCGAGUACGCAUAUCACCUCGAAAUCAUUGAGGAUUUCGAUGAUGAUCGAGUCCACUCUUAUGAGGAUGGAGAACCACAGCCUGGACCGUAUGGAGGUGUUGAAUUGGCAGGCAUUCGAGAAGUCUUGCCAAUUCAUCAGAUAUCCAAGAUUUUCUACGCAGACACUGGCAAAAUACUAAAUAUUGGCAAUCAGGACGAGACGAACAGUCCCGUUUUACUACUGAAGCGAGAUAUCAAUGCAUUGCCGCCAAGAAGGAUGAUGGAGGGGCAGGAAACACAAAACGAAUGGUAUGAUGAAGGUGAGGACACACCAUCAGAUGGAAUACAAGUAUCAGAUGAAGAGCAAGAGCAAGAGCCAAAGCAAGAGGAAGAAGAAGACGACGAAUUUGAUAUUGAUGAGCAACUUCGACGAGAAAGUAUGGCACCAGAAUCCCCAUCCAAAAAAAUAUUGGAAGCGCCACCAGAGACAAAUACAACAUGGCGACUUCCCCAGGAUCUUGACCCAGAAUGGCUUGCCCUAGAGGUAUAUACCGAAGCCGAAGACUCAGAUUCCGAAGAUGAGUUUGAGCCUGAACGAAAUGGAGAAUCCGCAUAUAUUUCCAGCCGAUCCAGUACCUCCGGCGAACAUCCAUCCACCGGCGACCUAACCACCGAACUCUCAAACCUCAAGCUAUCCUCCCCAGCUCCCACCACCCCCUCCUCCCAAACCCACCUUCCCUCUCACCCCGCAUCCUCCAUCCCCCUCACCUUUAGCCCGUCCAAACCCCUCAGCUCCAGCCACCCACCCUUCACGCCCAACCCCCACCAAAUCCAAAUCCGCUCCUCCCUCUCCCUCCUCGAAAUGUUGAUCCGCCUAACCGCACUCCAACAAUUCCAACAAUCCUCGCACCUAACCAUCCCCGACGAACUCCUCACCUUCUUCCUCCAUGAAUCCUCCACCACCGGCGCCGGCCGCGACGCCUCAGAACGCAAACGCACGCGCAUGAAUGCUCGCAAAAAAGUCGGCUUUGAUCCUUACGACGAGAGUCCCGUCAAGAGACACGGCGAAGCUUAUCAGUAUGGUAACGAGGGAAACGAGGGAGAGGAUAAUGCUCGAUAUGAUAAUGCUCGAUAUGAUAAUAAUAACGACAGAGAGAGCACACCGUGGGAUGACCGAUCCGAACACGAACACGUACAUGUGGCGGCAAGUCCGCGCUGGGGUAGAGAUAGAGACAGAUAUCGAGAUAGAGAAAGAGAAAGAGAAAGAGAGAGGAGUGAAACGCCACAGAGAUCAUCACCAGCAAAAUCUCAUCGCGCGGGUGAUGGUGAUGGUGAUAUGAGACAGAGUCGCGAGGUAUCUUCCCCUGUGGUACCACAGCUACCACAGCUUCCUUCAUCGCCGCUUUCACCGUAUAACCUGAGAUCUUCUGGGCGGCAACCGCUGUUUCUUGCUAGACAAGGCCAGGGUCAAGGUCAAGGGCAAGGGCAAAGACAAGAUUAUGGAGGAAGAGGUGUAGGUGGUGGUAGUGGUGGUAGUGGUAGUAGUGGAAUUGGUGUAGGAAGUGGUGGGAAUGGAAGUGCAAUAGGCAGCGCAAGAAAUGCAGGUGGGCCCUUGGAAAGAAUCAACAGGGAAAGAGGCGAAGCAAGUCCAAGUCCAACUCCAACUCCAAGUUCAAAUUCACAUCUAAAAGCGAGUUCAUUGGGUAGAACCAGAAACAGAAACAGAGCAAGUGGAAGUAUGGGGAUGGAGAAUAGUCCGGGGAUGGGGAUGAGGAGUCCUAGGUUGAAUAGUGUGAACGAAGGAAAGAAUAACAACGAUAACUAUGAUAACAAUAACUAUAACAAUAACAACGAAGAAGAAGAAGAAGAAGAAGAAGAAGAAGAAAAAGAUCCUCCAAAGGAUAACAAACAAACAAUAAGUAAACAAGAAGUGAAUGAAUGA